CUUAAGUCUUCUGGUAAAUACAUCUUGUCUUUAAUAAUAAAAUAAGUCCCUUGAUGGGAAGAAGCAUCUUAAGUGACAUUUUUUGUCUAUAAUGCUCAGCAUAGGGCCUUGCACGACAGUAGGCAUUUAAUAAAUUCAUUGCAUUGACUUUUGAUAUGAAUACUUAAAACUGACUGCAUUAUGGGUUAACAUCGUAGAGAAGCUGUUCCCCAAGCCUUCUUCCAUUUACAAAAGACACUCAAAACCCCCUCCUCCGGGAGCGGUCCACGGGGGCUCUUGAGGUCAGGCCGGGAAAAACUGCCCUUCUCUCCAAAGCAGGACUCUGGCUGGGGCUCCCUUCAUCUUUACAUCUGAGGGAUGUGCAGCGAGCCCCUUUCCUGCUGGAGGCACUAAUGACCCCACACUCUGUCAGGACGGGAGGCUUGGGGGUUCAGAAAAUAAUGGUGAUGGCAGAAAGAAAGGUGACUGGAUCCCAACCAGGUGGCCCUCCUAACAGCACCCCCCAGCAUGCACAUAGCCAAGCAGAGGGGAGCAUCUGGGGCCAAAGUCAUCCAAAAGAAAGACAGUAUCUUACCUGUCCGAGAAAGGGGCUCGGAGAGCAGGCGGGAAACAAACGAGAGAGAGACACAUUUUAUGUAGUGACCGACCACUAUGGGAGUGUCACCUCCCGUCUGGGUCACCAGCAACAGCCCACCAAGAGGAUAUAGCAUGCAAGACAGGGGUCCUGCUAUGAGGAGUGUAACAGACCUGGAUGACCAGGUUCCCAUAUGCUUUUUAAUAAACCAAAACAGAGCCGUAUUUUAAAAAUUCUACAAACAGGUGCUGAUGCGGCCUCCUGUAUUUCUCCCAAUAUUCUGAGGCCCCUUUACAUUAAGUAUAUCUGAAGUUCCUAGCUGGCAGUGGGAGGAAUGCGAUGGGCCAAGGCAACAUGAAAUUCUAAGUCUUCUGGAUCCUGUGUGCGUCACUCAUUUUUUUGCUGUCUCGUUUCCAACACGUGAAUCCCUAGAUUUUAGACCGGAAAGACGUUCAUUCAUCCACUCCAACCGUCUAAAUUAACAAGAUGGGAAAAGCAGGUGGCAGAGAGGUCUGCCUAAUACCGCACGGGGAGGUGACGGCAGAGCAGGGGUUAGAACUCACGUAGACUGACUCCCAGACCCACGAUCCUUCUCUACACCAUGACGGCCAAGAGAAACUGCCAAUACCCUCAAAGUUGCCAAGACCCCAUCCAUCUUUGAGAGGGAUAACCUCGCUGGCGAGUAGAAUCAUGUGGCCUUUUUGUGAUGUCAGCUGAGCUCAGAAUGUUUAUUGUCUGGACAACCCAACCAGCCUCCUGGAAGCAGGCGUGUGUGACCUCCAUACACUUCAGUAGUCAGAAUAUGGAGAACUUCUCACUCCUCAGCAUUUCUGGACCUCGAAUCGCUUCCUCUGCUCUGAGCACUUUUCCUGAUAUCACGUCCUCACGUGCCACCAGCUUGCCAGGCAUUGCAAAGACUGUGUCUCCUACUGAGGCGUCCAGCCCAGCUCAGGCCCUGCUACCCCAGUACCAAAGCAGCGCUCUCCGGCAUGGGGUGCAUAACACGGUGCUCUCAGCAGGCUGCAUCUUGGGGGACCCCCCAAACAGAGAGAAGCUGAGGAGGAAUUGCACCAUCUACCGGCCCUGGUUCUCCCCUUACAGCUACUUUGUAUGCAAAGACAGAGAGAGCCACCUGGAGACCUACAGCUUCCCAGAGGUGCAGCAGGACGAGGGCAGGGGGGACAGCUGCCUCCCAGAGGACACGGCUGAGAGCAUCUGCUCGUCCUCCUCCUCCCCAGAGAACACCUGCCCCCAAGAGGCCACCAAGAAAUCCAGGCACGGCCUGGAUUCCACGGACUACAUCACAUCCCAGGACAUCCUAAUGGCCUCCAAGUGGUACCCGGCCCAGCAGAACGGCUACAAGUGUGCGGCCUGCUGCCGUAUGUACCCGACGCUGCACUCCCUCAAGAGCCACAUCAAGGGGGGCUACAAGGAGGGUUUCAGCUGCAAGGUGUACUACCUCAAGCUCAAAACCCUCUGGGGCAAGGAGCAGAAGGGCCGGCCGGGAGACAGGCUUUCCUCAGGCAGCUGCCAGGCCUUCAAGUAGGCCUGCUGGGUGGCGGCAGCUAUCUUGUUAGCGGACAACGCUUUAGGUAAACAGGGGAUGAUGCCUAUUUAUGUCUCUACAGAGAGGCCAAUAAACCAAAGUUAGUGACAGCCUU